AUGGUGAUCAGACUCCUUCUCUCAAAACAGUGGAAAGAUGGUCGAGAAGAAAUCGAAGAUGAAGCACGAUCUGGUAGACCCAUUACUGAAACAACAUUUGAAAAUUUCGAAAGAAUUCGUCUUCUUAUCGAUGAUGAUCCUUAUCUAACAAUAGAAGAAUUAGAAUACGAAACUGGUUUAAGUCAUGGUACAAUUCAUCGAAUCAUCGCCGAGCAUUUGAACCUGAAAAAAAUCACAGCACGUUAUGUACCAAAAGAUCUAACCGACUUUCAACGGGCUGAACGAGUUCGAAUAUGUAAAGAAAAUUUGGCGAAAUUUCAACAAGGAGCAUGGCGAUUAUGUGAUGUAAUAACCGGUGAUGAAUCGUGGUUUUUCCAUAAACAAAUCGGUCGAAAGUCGUCAAAUGCAGCGUGGGUAAAAAAAGGAGAUCCGCCGUCCACUGUAACUCGACAAAGUAAAUAUGCUCCAAAGACCUUGUUCUCAAUUUUUUUCAAGUCCAAUGGUCCGAUGCUGAUCCACCAUUUGAAACGUGGAGAGACUAUAGAUCACCAAUAUUACAUCAACAAUUGUUUACGUCCCAUAGUGGAUGAAAUUAAACACCAAAGACCUUCGUAUGGAACACGUGGGAUGAAGAUACAUCAUGAUAAUGGAAAACCACAUAUCCAUGAACAGACAUCCACUUAUCUUCGAUCAGAAGGUCUCACAGUGAUACCACAUCCAGCCAACUCUCCUGACCUAUCGCCAUGUGAUUUCUGGUUGUUCGACUUCAUCAAGGACAAUCUGACCGAUUACAAUGAUUCGCAAUCAUUACAUGAUGCUAUAGUGAAUUUCAUGUACUCGGUCAAUAAAGAAGAGUACAAAAAAACAUUUGAAAAAUAG